AUGGUUGAUCCUAAUGAUCCGCCUAAAAGGAAUGGAAAGAAUGAUUCAAUUAAUUUUGAUAAUCCUCUUUACAUUCAUCCUUCUGAUAAUGCUACUACUUCCAUUGUUACAAUAAAACUCACUGGAAAUGAAAACUUCCGUUUAUGGAGAAGCUCCAUGUGUAGGGCCCUUAGGCCCCGUUUGUGCGCAGAAUGGGAUGAGACAGAACAGAACAAGCCUCCAGGCCACAAAAUAGACUUCCGUUUUCGUUCUUCUCUGGGAAACAAAAUAGCACGUCGCAAACAAAAUAGCAAGUCGCCUCCAUUCACCGGCGACGCAGCAAGUCGCCUCCAUUCUCCGGCGACGCAGCAAGUCGCCUCCAUUCUCCGGCGACUUCAUUCUCGAUCGACUUCAUUCUCCGACGACUUGCAAUCUUCUCCAGCCGCCUCCAGAUAUGGAAUCAAGGGAAGAACAACCAUCGCAAGCACAAUCUCAAGCUCAAUCCCAUUCUUCGGUCAAUCAAAUGUACGAACAAAGACGGAUAUAGCAUGGGAACAUGUUACUCAAGUCGUUGAUGAGAAGGGGAAAAAGGCAUGGAUAUGUAACUUUUGUCAAAAAGUUAUAGGUGGUGGUGGAAUAAACAGGGUUAAGAAACAUCUUGCUGGUAUUAAAGGUGAGGUAGCAGCAUGUCCAAAAGUUAGUCCAGAAGUGCGGUUUACAAUGCAAGGAAAGUUGAAAGAGACUGCCCAAAAAGAAAAAGAAAAACGCACCACUAGUGUUACUAUCUUGGAUGAUGAUGAAGAGAUGGAGGAAAUAGAAAUGUCAACUGUGAAAAAGGGUAAAAGGAAAUCUACUUCAAACUUGCAUCCAUUUUUUACAAAAGGUAUAAAUGAUCCUUCCCAACCCACUAUUAAAUCUGCAAUGCAAAGUAAGGCAAAAAUACAUGAUGUGGAUUUAGCUAUUGCUAUGUGGUUUUAUGAUGCAUGUAUACCUAUGAAUGCUUGCAGCUCUCCUUUUUUUCAACUUAUGGUAGAUAAAAUAGCAAGUAUUGGUUAUGGGUACAAAGCACCUAAUUAUCAUGCUCUGAGGGUUAAUUUAUUGACAGAUGCAAAAAAGUCAGUUUCAUUGAUAAUUGAUUCGUUAAGAAGUCAAUGGGUUGAUACAGGUUGCACAAUUAUGAGUGAUGGGUGGAGGGAUGUUUCACAACGACAUUUGAUUAAUUUCUUGGUUUAUUGUCCGAAAGGGAUAUCAUUUCUUAAAUCUGUUGAUGCAUCUGACAUAGAGAGCAAUGCUACAAAUUUGUGUAAUUUGUUUGCUGAGAUUGUUGAAAUGGUAGGAGAAAAAAAUGUGGUUCAAAUGGUAACUGAUAAUGCUGCUAAUUACAAGCUUGCUGGUACUAAGUUAUGUGAAAGAUAUCCUUCUAUUACUUGGUCUCCAUGUGCAGCGCAUUGUCUUAAUCUUGUAUUAAAGGAUCUUUCAGAAUUGGAUAAUGUGAAAAGUUUGGUCAAUCUUGCAUCGAGGGUUACUAUUUUUGUUUAUAAUCAUAAGUGGCCGUUGAAUUGGUUAAGAAAAAGACCCGGUUGGAAAGAAAUUAUCCGUCCAGGUGCUACUCGGUUUGGUACCGUGUUCAUAGCAUUGCAAAGUUUGUAUGACCAUAAAGAAGAUUUACAAGCAAUGGUCAUAUCUAAUGAGUUUAAGAAGAUGUUGAAAGUGGGAAAUGCGGUUGAAUGUAAACAGAUUGUCUUGAAUGAAAUCUUUUGGAAGAAUUGUUUGAUUACAGUGAAAGUAAUGACUCCUUUGUUAAAGCUUUUGCGGUUGUGUGAUUCGGAUGAAAAACCUGCAAUUGGUUAUGUUUACGAGGGAAUGCGUCGGGCAAGAAGAGGGAUUAAGGAAUUAUUUAAGAAGAAGAAGGAAUUAUAUAGGCCUUACACUAACAUAAUUGAUAGCCGUUGGGAUAGGAUGUUAAGAAAAAGUAUUUAUUGUGCGGCUUAUUGGUUGAAUCCUGUUUUCCAAUAUGAUCAUGCAAAUCUUUGUAAGAAGAAUGAGGUGUUUCAAGGCGUUCUUGAAAUGGUUGAGAAGACUUUUAAAGGUGAUGACGUGUUAAAUAUUACCUUGAAUUUAGGGAGGUUUCGUGAUGCUGAAGGUACCUUUGGUAGAUCUAGUGCCGUUGCUUCUCGUAAUCUUACUCGUCCAGAUGAGUGGUGGAAGUUAUUUGGCGGAGAUAUUCCGGUUUUGCAAAAGUUUGCUAUUAGAAUAUCAAGUCAAACGGCAUCUUCUUCCGGUUGCGAACGUAACUGGAGUGUAUUUGAAAGGAUUCACACGAAACGGAGGAAUACAUUGGAACAUCAAAGGCUAAAUGAUCUUGUAUUUGUUCAUUACAACUUGCGUUUACAAAAUAGAUUGAAGGUUGAUAUGAGGUCUUACGAUCCUGUUGACUAUGAAAAUAUUGAUAAGACGGGAUUUUGGGUGGUUGAAGAAGAGCGGGAAGGAGAACUUAAUUAUGAUGAUUUGGAAAAUAUGCUUGAUGAGCAAGAGCAUGAACCGGCUUCUGAAUCACAAGGUGACCAUGUUGAUCAUGAAGUUGAUAGUGAAUUUCAGUUACUAAGUGACCGCGAGAUCGAUGCUUAUAAUACUCAAAUUUCUCAAGAUCCAUGA